GAUGACUGAAGAGGGGCUGGAACCUUGAGUGAGGUUGAGGGAGCUGUGGUGCCUAAACGUCUGUGUUUGUAUACUGUACUUGCUUGCAGGGAAGGGGUGGAGAGACAGAUAAGGGGUUGCAAUCACCUGGAUUAAUGCAAAACUUCCUCCACCUUUGUUUUCAGUUUAGUAAAACCGUUGCAGAGCAGAACAAGAAUGAGGCAUAGCUGGUUCAAAGGAUCUCUGGUGCUCGUCGUGGCGGUUUCGGCCUUGCUGUACCUCGGCUCCAUCAAGAGAGAAGUCCACAUCCACUCGCAGAGACUCCAGAGGGCCCAUCACAAUGAAUCCAUCAGGGGUCAGGGGAUGCUGAAGCGGAUGGACAAGAUAGAGGACAACAUCAACAGGCUGCUAAAUCUGAUGGAAAUGAAUGACAAGAGGGGAAAGGAGGCUGAGAUGAAGAAGGAGAAGAAGGUGGUGAAGAAGUUGGUGAAGAAGCUGUACCCAAACUCUUAUCUGUUCAUCAAGUGGGGCGAUCAUCUGUCUGAAGAGGAGCAAAAAGAAGCCGAGAUGUUGUUUCAGAGAUACGGAUACAACGCUUUCCUCAGCGACCGGCUGCCUCUCAACCGAGACAUCCCUGACACGCGGCCCGCCAGAUGUGCAGAGAAAAACUAUCCAGAUGACUUGCCGUCGCUCAGCGUUGUCUUGAUCUUCCUGAACGAAGCUCUUUCGAUCAUCCAGAGGGCCGUCCGCAGCAUCAUCGACAAGACUCCUGCUCGGCUGCUGCAGGAAAUCAUCCUGGUGGACGAUCACAGCACCAACGCGGAUCUAAGGGAUAAACUGGACGAAUACAUCCACUCCAUCAACCAAGAGCGUCCUGGUCUGGUGAAAAAACUGCGGCACUCCGAGCAGCUGGGCCUCACCCAGGCCAGACUGUCAGGGUGGAGGACUGCUGUCGGGGACGUUGUGGCCAUCCUGGAUGCUCACAUAGAAGUCCACGUGCAAUGGGCAGAGCCCCUGCUGGCUCGCAUCAAGGAGGACCGCACCGUGAUCCUGACACCAGUUUUUGACAAGGUCGGCUUUGAUGACUUGAAAAUCACUCCGUACGACCCUUCUGCUCAUGGCUUUGACUGGGCUAUGUGGUGCAUGUACGUGAGCUUCAAACCCGAGUGGUACGCCUUGAAGGACAACUCUCAGCCUGGCAAGUCUCCCUCCGUCAUGGGGAUACUUGUUGCUGAUCGUAAGUUCUUUGGGGAGAUCGGAAGCCUCGAUGGCGGGAUGAAAAUAUACGGUGGCGAAAAUGUGGAGCUCGGCAUCCGGGUGUGGCUGUGUGGAGGCAGCAUAGAAGUGAUUCCUUGUUCCAAAGUUGCCCACAUUGAGCGAAUACAUAAGCCUUACCUCCCAGACAUGCAUGCCAUGAUGAAGCGUAAUGGCCUGAGGGUGGCAGAGGUCUGGCUGGAUGAAUACAAGUACCACGUCAACGUUGCCUGGAACCUUCCCAUACAAAAUCAUGGGAUUGACAUCGGAGAUGUGACGGAGAGAAAGAAGCUCAAGGAGAGGCUGAAGUGCAAGCCCUUUCGGUGGUACCUGGAUAAUGUUUACCCUUUGCUGCAACCCACGACGGACCUGUUUGGUUACGGAGCUCUGAUCAAUGACCGGGCUCCGGGUAAGUGUGUGGAUCAAGGGCCGACGCCUGGAGACACACCCAUCUUAUAUGGUUGCCACUUCCACAGCUCUCAGUACUGUAGCUACCACACUGAUGGACAACUCCACAUCGGCGCUUUCAAAUCGCACAAACAGUUAACCGACCGCUGCGUGGUGGACCCCGGCUCCGGGCUCCUCCCGGGACUGUACAACUGCAAACCGGCCCAGAAGACACGUCAUAUGUUAUGGGAUUUUAAACAGGGCGGUGCUAUCAGGAACAGGGACACGGAGAGAUGUCUGGAGGUGACACGAGGCCAAGACGGCUCCUUCAGACUCGUCGUUCAGCAGUGCACUUCUCAAGUCUGGAAGAUACAGCACGUCUUUGGGGGCGACGGGCCACAGAAACGGCGUCUUUGAGCCGCACGGCAAACCAGCAAAAUGCACUGGUCAGAACUUAUGUCCAUUUUGUUUGAAUGUUUUAUUUACAUCGCUUUUUCUCUUUCUUGACAAACAAUAUGUGAGUUAUGGCCUUAAUUCAUAUUGCAUCAGUGAUUGGACUUUGUACUGAUGCAAAAAAAUAACUUUACUCUCUCGCAAGGAUGGUUAAUUGGUUUUUCCUUCUUUCCCAGAGGAUUUAAAAGAAAUGAGUACAAUGAUGAUCACAGUACCUUCCCAAAACAAGGUGUGGUAUGAUGACCUAAAUAAAGCUCCUUCUUCUUUUUAAAGACUGCUGAUGGCCCGUAAGUCUUCGUUUUAGUUGAAUUGUAAUCCCAACGUCAUUCAAGUCAAACAGGAUCCGCUGAGUUUCAGUUGUCAUGAGUUUUUAGAGAUGAAAGCGUCCCAUUUUUUCCGCCACGAGACGAGAGCUGCAUCCUUCAGAGCAGUUGACAUCGAGCUGUAUCUGCAACAGAGGAAACGAUCAAGUCGCAUAACUGCAACAUCAUCGCAGGAAAUGCACUAGUCGUUUUUAUUAUGGUAAUAUUUUUGGCUUAUAAAGUUCUUGCUGAUCACAAAAAUCUAACUUCUUGUAGGAAGUGACCGAUGUUUUACUGCAACAGUUUCAGGGAAGGUGCAGUAAAGAUACCCAGCACACACGGCAAAUAAAGAGCUCUAUGUACGAAAGGUGAGAAUAGGGUUGGUUGUCGUUUGAGGCUAAAUGGGCAUGAAACCCUUGUUGGAAACGCGUCCUACCAAAACAGACCAUCAAGAGCAAAAUUAAACCAAUCAGCUCAACAAACAACCAGCCAGUUAGUAAACUCUCGUCAAAGAGAAUUGAGAGAAAACAUCCACUCCACCCCAACAAGCCUGUUUGCCUUUGUCCUUUUUAACCAGACGGAGUGGCAAGAAGGAAACACAAAAGUGAAUCAUGUCUAAACAACUUACAAUCAAAUUAUGUCGUUGCAUAAUUGCUGAAAAAGGUGGCAAGAGUCGUGGUGGCCUUGAAAAUAAUAGGCAGAAAAUUGUAUAUUGUUUCAAAUUUAAAGUGUUUGUUUAUAUUUCAAAAAUAACACCCAAUUCUAACAGUUUUCUUUCUAAUAUUUCCAUGUAUCUCUAUAAAUACAUUGGGGAAGUUUAUUUUUCUAUACAUUGUUUUAAUUUUUUUGCAUUUUCUUAAUUUUCUGAAUCUAUUUUCUAUUGUUUUAAUUCUCGGGGUGAUGCAGAGGAAAGUAUGUAUCGGACAACAACUGCAACUUUAAAAACUGAGAAAAUCUACAUUUAUAUUACAAAGCAAAAAUGUUUUAAAUAUGCAUUUAAAAGUAGAAUUUCUUCACAGUUAAUUAACUUGGGACCUUGCGAGUCACUGGACUGUUACAUUUAUCUAAGUGUCUUAACCCGCCGUCUGCAAUCUUGGGUUUAAACCAAGUACAGAGAAGUUUGUUUUAUUUUGCUCAGUAGGUCCCUGUAAAAGGGGCUUUAGUUUUUACGAUGGUGUAAGAUUUAUUUUUGUGUAUUACUUCCUGAUCAUCUUAAUUGCAUCCUCCACGAUGUGAGACGUAGAAGAUUUAUAUCCCCUAGAAAAUAAUGUAAACAAAGAAAAAAAUGUUCCCAGCUGGUAACUUACAUUAGUCCUUAUCUUUACAACCGUCUUCUACAACUGCCAAUGAAUAAGCGCCAUGAACGAGCAUCAAUUUGCACAGUGCCCUGCAAACUAAAUUUAGCAUGUACACAACAUACCAAAUUAGAGGCAAUUAUUUGCUACAUAAAGUGUUCCGUCUGGGAAUUAAAUUCCCGUUUAUUUGCUUCUCAAACAUUCCCAGUGUCCCUUUCACCUAAAAUCUGGCAUUUUUACUGCACAAACUAAUUUUUAUCUGAAUUUGAGCGUUUUAAUCAGAAUUAGGUUUAUUGGCCAAGUAGGAACAUGCCAGACAGGGAAUUUGACUCCGGUUGUUUUGCUCACUGUACCCAGAUUUAAAUAGUUGCAAACAGUAAUAGACAAAUGGCUCCUAUUAGCCUAUACAACUUAAAAGAAAAAAAAGUGAAAGGUGCAGCAGUAUGAGGUAGACGUAAUUAAUGAAAGGUGCAUUGUUACAGCAUAUGAUUCCAUUUUAGGAGUCUUUAUAUAUGAGAAAAUGACCAAAAACCUGUAGACCGAAUAUUAUCAUCAUUAUUAUUAUCUUUCAUCUGUACUAAAUCAAAGAUCAAGUCUGUAAGGUCAAACUGUAACCAUCAGCAGAUUUUAUGAACAUCUAAUGGAGGUUUCUGACCUGUGUGUUUCUGAUUUUAUGCUCACUGAUAUUCCCUUCCCGAGGCAGACGGCUCUGCAAGGAGGCGUUUCCUCUCUGGUCCCUCUGUGUACAUUUUUACUUCAUAUUUUCUUUUUAAUUAUUUUUAUUUAUUUUUUUAUUAUGUUGUGUGUAUGUGAGGGGUGGGGGGGUUUGAGCCCGGUUUUUACCUUUAAAUUGUACAAUGUUUAAACAUGUAAAGCACUCUGUGCUACAUACAGGACUGUCUCAGAAAAUUAGAAUAUUGUAAUAAAGUCCUGUAUUUUCUGUAAUGCAAAAAUGUCAUACAUUCUGGAUUCAUUACAAAUCAACUGAAAUAUUGCAAGCCUUUUAUUAUUUUAAUAUUGCU